GCUGGGUACUGAAAACCAAAACUUACUUUAGCAGAAAUUCUCCUGUCUUUUUGCUGGGAAAAUGCUACCAUUUCAAGAGCGAUGAACCCAGUGACCAGUCACCAAAUGGUUCCUGUGAUGACAUGACAGAAGAAAGGUUUUCCAGAAACAUUGAAGAGUUCCGUAAAGACUUUAUUUCUAGGAUAUGGUUGACUUACAGAGAAGAAUUUCCCCAAAUCAAGGGUUCAGUUUUAACCACAGACUGUGGCUGGGGCUGUACCUUGAGGACUGGACAAAUGCUUCUGGCUCAAGGACUUAUUCUCCACUUUCUUGGUAGAGAUUGGACUUGGGCCAAUGCCUUUGUUUUCGAGAAUCCAGAGUCUGAAUCAUGGACAACUCAGACAGUAAAAAAGCUCACAGCAUCUCUUGAAACAUCCCUUAUAGGAGAAAGAGAAUUCAGGAACCAGUCAAAUCAUCCUAAAAGUCCAAUGCACAUCCGAGAAAGCGAAGAAAGCGUGGAGGAGCAGUAUCACCGAAGAAUCAUAUCUUGGUUUGGUGAUUCACCCCUUGCCAAUUUUGGCUUGCAUCGGCUGAUAGAAUAUGGAAGUAAAUCUGGGAAAACAGCUGGAGAUUGGUAUGGGCCAGCAGUGGUAGCACACCUUUUGAGGAAAGCAGUUGAAAAAGCAAGAGACCCUGAGUUACAAGGAAUAACCAUCUAUGUUGCUCAAGACUGUACAGGGAAUUUUGAGUCUCGACUACUGCAUUGGCAUUAUUGGUGGCAAACCUAAGCAGUCAUAUUACUUCGCUGGUUUUCAAGAUGACAGCUUGAUUUACAUGGAUCCUCAUUAUUGCCAGUCUUUCGUAGAUGUCAGCGUAAAGGAUUUCCCCCUUGAGUCUUUCCACUGUUCUUCUCCAAAGAAGAUGUCGUUUAAAAAAAUGGAUCCAAGUUGCACCAUAGGACUGUAUUGUCGUGACGUGCAGGGUUUUGAAAGGACUGCUGAAGAAAUAACUAAGAUUCUAAAAUCCUCAUCUAAAGAGAAAUAUCCUUUGUUUACUUUUGUAAGCGGACAUUCCAGAGACUAUGAUUUUGUGGCGAGUCCAGUCCAGGAAGAGAAGACAAUGUUCUCUGAAGAUGAACACAAAAAGUUGGCGUGUUUUAAUAAUGAAGACUUUGUCUUGCUAUGAGGACAUUUUUAUUUAUUCAUUUAAGUAUUUUUAUGCUCAAUCUUCACAGAUGCUACAAAAUGGCUUAACUAAAAGCUGCAAGCAACAUAAAUUAAAAGUAAUAAAAACUUGUGGCAAUAA